AUGAAUAAUACACAGUUAUGCUUUCCUUUGCUAGGGCAUCAGUGUAAGGGAAAAAUAGUUAAACUCUGUUAUUCUAAUACUGUGAUAAACAUUUUUGAGAUUGAAGGUAAAAAAUCAUUAGUAAACUACAAAGGAACUAUUAAAUACGAUAAAAAAUUUAAAUUAGAAGAAAUAGUAAAUUGUACUAUUGUAUCGUACAGUGAUAAUGGAAUAAAUUGCAUUUUAAUAUAA